GCUCACUGCUCGUCGACCAGUCGAGCCAUCGAGACCGGGUGGUACCGGAACGAGAAGGAGAGAGGAAGAGAGAGAGAGAGAGUUUUUAAAUCCGUCGGUCGACUUAGGAAGAGGAAGAGACUGACGUUCCGGGUCGUUUGACCGUGUAUUUUGUGCUACGCGGAUUAAGCCGGAUCGGGAGGAUGGAGAAAGAUCAGCCGGACUCUCUGGCAACUGUCGCCGUCGUCUCAGAGAAGAUGCCGCAGACCCACAGCCACUAUGCACCAAGUGAGGUCUACUCCACCACCGAGCCACCACCGGCAUACAUGAGACCGCCGACGAAAAGCACGGCUGUGCAGAUCGCUAGGAUCGCUGCUAUUACCCUGAUCACGAUGUCCGUCGUGCUUGGUAGCUUUAUCCUCGCGGCGUCCUGGGUCCAGGCUAGAGCUUCCUGCACGCCGGAAUCAAUCGCGACAAUGCAGGCUGAAUUGAAACGUCAACAGCAACAAACCUACGGAUCGUAUCAGCCGCAAGGUGAAUUCCUCAAGCAUUUGCAGCCAGAAGCUCUGGUACAGGAACCUGUUGAAUCGAAAGAUUCUUUGCAAAGUCUCGCUGCGCCAACGAAGAAGGAAGUCGAUCCGGAUACUAAGGACAUGAAAGCUCAAGGAGAAGGAGAGAACUCGAAAUCUGACAACGAGAAUGGCGAUCGCGACGAUGAUGAUGAUGAUUACGAUGACGAUGAAUUCCCUCCUGUGCACAUCAAGCUUCCUCUUCAAUUGGAUCUUGAUGACAUUGCAGGCACGUUAAUUCAACAAGCUCGUAGCAGAGUUUCCUGCGUGGUUGAAAGACGACGAGCCGACGAGGUGAUGGACGGAACCGGCGACAACGGUUUAGAUAACAGUACCGAUCCGCAGCGUUUCCAGAGACUGAGUGGCGAGCGAGUUGCCAUUCUUUGCGAAUCAGGCGGCCCAAACCAAGAGCAACAGGAGCAAGAGAUGCUUACCCCGAUCAUCGUGCCUCUAGGCACUGUGCAAAUUCCCCUUCAGUCCCAGGAACCUAAUCCGGGCUAUCAUCAAUACCAAAUACACACCCAGUAUCAAGUUCCCGACAUGCAGCAAUUGCCACUUAGCGACCCACGAGGAUUGAAUCACAUCCCGCCGGGUGUACUUCCUCCUGAGCUUCGUAACCUUCCUCAGUUGACUAUGGAAAUGAGACCACCUCGAAUGGGCCCGCAGACACCUAUGAUGGGACCUCAGAGCAAUCCGAUGGGACCACAAAUCGAAAUGCGUCAGAUCCCUAUCGAACUGCGUCACUUCCCGAUGGAUCCGAUGAGAGGAAUGCGACCGAUGCCUCAGGAUCCUCGUCAGGAACCGCAACAGGUUUCGAUGGUGUAUCAGCAGCAGGCCGAACAAAUUCCCAAUAGUUACAACCAGGAGCAAGGACCAGCUAUGAUGCCACCACCUCCUCCACAACCCGAGGCGCAGGAGCAAGACCCGAGAAUACAGCAGAUACCACCUAUGAUGAUCCCGCAGACCGAACAGAGACCACCUGCCCCACCUCAGGUUACGCCUGAAAAGCCACGCUCACCUUUCCAGGGUAUUCCCAUUGAAAUCAGGAGAAUAAUUCAGCAAGUGCCGUUAGAAAUUAAAAACAUCAUCCAGCACAUUACUGGCGAAGCCAGGGCGAUCCCGGUUCAAGUACCAGAGGGAGCACGUCGUGAGGAACUCAAAUCGUUCCCGGAAGGCGCACGACCAAUACCAUUAGGACCAUUCCCACUUCCGGUGGAAGUGAGAAAUUUGAUUGAGCAUGGAAACAUCGAAGGCCGUCAACGCCCGGAUAAUGGUGAAGAGCAACAAGAAGCAAAAGCUUUCUCAAGUCCGGAGGAUGACAGCGAUGAAGAAAGAAACUUCCCUAUUCCUAUGGAAAUCCGUAACAUAAUUCAUCAGGUUGUAGAGGGUCGUGCUUUCCAAGUUCCGAGAUUUGCAUUGAGACCGGUCAAGUCUAUGGAAGUACCAGUAGAAGCGCAUGCUGAAGUGACCGAUGGCCAGUCCACUGAGCAACAGCAGCCCGAACAUCGGGAACAAGAGCAACAUCAGGCAUCACACAUGAUGAGCAUUCAGCACCAACAAGAGCAGCAACAGCAACAGCAACAGCAGCAGCAACCCAUGCAAGAAGAAGAGUCUCGUCCGCAUUACGUGCAACCACGUUCCGUGCGCUCCGUACCAGAUGAAGUCUUCCUGCAUCGUCGUGAAAAGCGCGUGCGUCGUUGCGCCUGUGAUUGCGCAUGCUAAGAGAUGUAGUUGAUGCAUACUCCGGACGCGGACGGAACGAAUUUACAAAAGAGUCUGUCCGAAAUAAAAUUUAAUAUUCUAAAAGAGCGCGCCAUCCACGCACACUUUGAUCAGAUAUGUUCGCUGCGAUCUCGGCGAAUAGAGCAAAACGUGAGAGAAAUUAACAGUCAAAGUAUACCUUUAUCAGUGUUGCAAUCAUUGCAAAUGCAUCGAAUUGUUGAUCGCAUUAAAUUUUCCCAAUCCCAAAGUAUUUUUACUAUUAUAUUGUUAUAACAGAGCCUGAUAUCCGAAUAACUUUUCUUCCGAUUGCCCAGGAUUCCGCUUGGGAGAAGCGCUUGAUAAAAAACGAAGAGUUAUAAUUCGAAUUAUAUUAACAAACUACAUUUAUACAUACAAUAAAGUAUUGUACGAAGUUGAUAGUAUUUUUAUCUUGCGCGGGGUAGAUAAGUAUUAAUCAAAGCAUACACAGUUGAUGAGAGAUUAAAAAUAAGUGUGCUUAUUGAGGAAUAUCCUAAUUUAACGACACCGUAACUGAAUUUCAGAAUAUUUUCCCUUUUCUAUCAGCCAACAGUACGAGACUAAGACCGUUUAUAAACGUAACAUUUAUAUAUAUAUUGAAAUAUAUUUUACCAACAAUUUGCGAAUUGUUGAUAGGAGUGAUAUUUUCCAAAUCAAUUUAUUAAUUGAUUAUAUUGUUAUUUCAUAGAGAGAAAUAAUGUGAAGAUAGUUUAGAAAUCUGUGAUUCUUCUAUAUAAAUCCCUGUGAAAAUAUGUUUCUGACAAUGCUGCACACGCAUAGUCAAUAUAAUUACUAAUUAAAAUCUUUAUAUAAUAAUCGUCUCUUUUACAUUCCGUUAUUAACUUUAUAUUUUUGUUUAUUUCCCUAUUAUACCCCCGCCUCGCUCGUAAUUAAAGUGAUAGAGAAAAAUAAAAAUAGAUUUCUCUCUUUUUUAUUAAAACGUAAAAGAUAAUUCAAUCUUCUCAAGAAUAUUCUUUGGAACAACACUCUAGUUUUACUGAUUAUUUGCAAAUAUAUUUCUGUACAUUGUUUACGCAUAUCGGAAAUUAAUUUAAGUUUUAUGUGUUUUAUUGAUUUAUAUUCUCUAUGUAUUACAUGUUUUUUUUUCUUUCUCAUGACAAAUAAUAAAGUGAUAUGAUUGAUUAGACUUGAA